UAUUCGCCUCCGCCCCUCUUCCUCCUCUCUGUAACAAAGUGUCAACGCCUACAAAAGCCUCUACCCUCGAACCUUCCCUCUCUUCUUCCUCCAUACUUUCACCAUUCCCCUUUUCUCAUUUUUCUCCUCCCCUCCUAUGCUUCCUCCCUUUUACUUUCACCAUUUUCAGCCCUCCAAAUCCCAUUUAUAAGCCCCCUACACUCUCCACUUCACUCAGUCCCUCUCAACUUCCGCCCCAUCGCUUCGCCCGCCUCUUGCCCAGUGUUUCUUUAGAUAAUUCGGCUAAUGGAGCUUGGUGAUGCUUAUGGUGAUUUGGGCGUGGAGAUGACUCGGAAGAGAAAGAGAGAUGAUGAAGGAAACCUGUUGAGCAGCUUCUCUUUGGAUGAUCUCAAUCAAGACAUUCUCGAACGGGUGCUGUCGAGGCUACCGACCUCGGCAUUCUUUCGCCUUUCUUCAGUGUGCAAAAGAUGGAAAUCGGUUGCAGCUUCUUCGAGUUUCAAGUAUGCGUGCUCCGACGUUUCUGCACGCGAUCCCUGGUUUUUCAUGGUCGAUCCACAUCUCGAUCGCUCGAUUGUUUUCGACUCGACUGAGAAAAGUUGGAAGAAACUUAACUAUCCACACGUCCUUCAGAGUCGUCAUCAUAACUUGAUGCCGGUUGCAGCCUCUGGUGGUUUGAUCUGUUUUCGCAAUUCGUCGGGCAACUUUAUUGUGUCGAAUCCUUUAACAGGCUCAUGUAGUGAACUUCCUCCUGUGGAACUUGACCAGAAAAAUCAAUAUCUUCAUGCCAUUGUCAUGAGCUCGGACCGUGACGGUUGCAAGGGCUCUUACAAGCUUAUACUGGUCCAUGGCCAACUUCCAAAGCUCCGGUUCAAAGUCUACCGUUCGACCACUGGUUGUUGGGACGACAAUGUUACCUUGAGUAGAAAAGUUGACGAUUCUAUCGAGUUCAACUUCAAUGAUGAUACUGUUGUGUACUUCCUCAGUAGAACAGGAAAUGUAGUGUCUACAAACAUGCAGAGAAGCCCAUCGAAGCAGUACUCGUCGGUCAUCGUGAACAAGAACGGGGAGGAUCUCAUCUACUUCAUUAGCUCGUCCGGGACUAUCAUGGCUUGUAAUCUCAACAAGCGAUGCUUCGUGGAGUACCCCAGGCUCUUGCCUGUCUUUUCAGAGUACUCCAUCGACGUAGUCGAAUGUCGAGGUGAGAUGCUAGUUGUUAUGUUAUCUGAGUUUCUUGAAACUGCAAGCCUUAGAGUUUGGAGAUACGACGAGGAUGCUCGAACUUGGCAUCAAAUUGCAGCAUUGCCUCCUGCAAUGUCGCACGAAUGGUAUGGCAAGAAGAUCGACAUUAACUGCGUUGGAGCUGGCGAUCAGAUACUCAUAUGCAUGAACUCUAACGAACUUUAUACGUAUCUACUAUGCGAUCUCGUCAAGAAUCAGUGGACCGAAUUGCCCAAAUGCAACAUGAACGGUGAAGCUGUGGAGUUCAUGUCUGCCUUUUCGUUCGAGCCUAGGAUCGAGGCUCGUGUAUGACACGAGAAGAAGAUAACAUCAUUAACUCCAACUCGUUAUUAUUAAUUUUUUCGAAAAAAAAAAAAAACAAAUUGUUCUGUAAGCUUUCCUAUUUGUUUCUGAAUUCUUUGUUGAUGGAAUUCAAGAAGGUGAGAAUAGAAGGAGAGAGAGAGAGAGAGAGAGAGGCUUCUGUAGAUUCUUUUUUAAUAACCUGCUGGUUAAUAUCCUAAUAGUAUGUCAUUUUUACUGUUGAAUUCUGUAACUUUCUUUUGAUUUUUCAGUAGAUGAAGGCUGUUAUUACAGAGAA